GAUGAAUUGAAGCGUCUUUUAAUGGGUGGUGCAAAGGGAAGUAAGAUUGUAAUAACAACACGUGUCCAAUUGGUUGCUGAGAUUACAAGUCCAGUUUCAAUAUACACCCUUAAAGGUCUCUCUGAAGACGAAUCUUGGUCUUUAUUUGAACAAAUAGCAUGUAGAAAAGGACAAGAGACCAACAAUCCUAGACUAAUAGAAAUUGGAAAGGAAAUUUUAGUCAGAUGUCAGGGGGUACCCCUUGCCAUAAAGUCCAUUGGAAGUGUAUUAUGCUUAGAGAAAACUGAGUCUAAAUGGUCACGUGUCAAGGAUAAUGUGCUUACAAAUAUACUUCAACCCGGGGAUGACAUAUUUCCAAUCCUAAAGUUGAGUUAUGAUCAUUUGCCCUCACAUUUAAAGAGUUGCUUUGCUUAUUGCUCUGUGUUUCCAAAAGAUUAUGAGAUAGAAAAGGAAAUGGUGGUGCAACUAUGGAUAGCGCACGGGUUUAUCCAAUUCUCAAACACAAAACAACAAUUAGAGGAGGUUGCUAAUGAGUACUUCAAGGAUCUGCUUUGGAGAUCCUUCUUUGAAGAAGUAGGGGACAUGUUUGGAAAUUUAAAAUACAAAAUGCAUGAUCUAAUUCAUGAUCUUGCAGAAUCGGUUGCAAUGGUAGACUGCAAGCUCAUUGAUAUGGACAGCAAAAAUGUUGAUGAAAAAAUUCGUCAUAUAUGUUGUCCAUUUUUUAUCGACUUCUCUGGUAAUGAGACUUUAAGCUUAUUGGUUAAAGCAAAAAAAAUGCGUACGCUUCUUCUUCUAAGAUCAAAUAAGCAUUGUUUAGAUAAGCCAAUGUUGAAUACAAUUACUUUGAAUUUCAGAAGCUUGCGUGCAUUAGGUGGAAAGGCGAUCACAGAUGUGCCAAAUUCUAUUGGGAACUUAAUACAUCUCAAAUACCUCGAUCUUUCUGAAAGCCAUUGUAUUAUCACUCUCCCUGAAUCUAUUACUAGACUAUGGAAUUUGCAAACAUUGAAAGUCUUUUAUUGCAGUAGGCUUAAAGAAUUACCUAAAGACAUUAAAGAAUUAGUCAAUCUCAGGCACCUUGAUGACAAUGCAUGUCAAUCUUUGAGUAAUAUGCCUCGUGGAUUAGGGCAACUGACUUGUCUUCAAACAUUACCAUUAUUCGUUGUGAGCAAGGACUCUUCUUCCAUCUCCAAGCACGUUGGUGGCCUAGGUGAAUUAAACCAGCUAAACAACAUCAGAGGAACACUAAAGAUCGCACAUUUGGAGCGACUAGAAGGUGCUAACUCAGAAUGCAAGGCUGCAAAUAUAAGUGGAAAACAACAUCUUGAAGAGCUGAUGUUAAGAUGGGAUCAAGAAGGUAAUAUUAAUAAUGACGAUGAGAAGUCAUUAGAUGGCCUCCAACCACAUCAAAAUCUCAAAUAUUUGUUGGUGGAAGGGUAUGGGGGAGUGAGGUUUUCUAGUUGGCUUUCUUUGCUCAUCAAUCUAGUUGAAAUAAUAAUAUUAGAUGGUAAAAGAUGCCAACAUUUGCCACGGUUAUCUCAACUCCCCUUUCUACAAUCUCUACGGCUUAAUGUUAUGGACGAUUUGGAGUACAUAUCAGAUGGUGAUAAAAGCGAGGAGGUACCUGCUUCAUCCACAGUGUUGUCAACACCAUUCUUCCCAUUGUUGAAGUUACUCUCAAUCCGAAAUUGCCCUAAGCUGAAGGGAUGGUGGAGGAGUGCAUCAAUGCAAGAUCAUCAUCACCACUCAUUGCCUUCAUUUCCUUGUCUUUCUUAUUUAGAAAUUGAGCAUUGUCCUAAUCUGACUUCCAUGCCUCUAUUUCCAUAUCUUGAAGAAGAUUUAUAUCUGAAUAAUGUUAGCUUCAUGCCUUUGCAAGAGACAAUGGCAAUGGCUUCGUUGCUGCCCCCCUCAUCCCCUCUUUCUAAAUUAAAGAUUAUGACUUUGGCUUUUAGAGAGGAUGAAGUACCUCUGCUAGAUGAUUGGCCGUCAAAUCUAAUGUCUCUCAAGAAAUUAGAGUUCUUGUGUUGCCCUAGACUAACAUCUCUUUCUGAAGCUGUGUGAUAUCUCACCUCCCUCUGUUCUUUGGCUUUCCAAGGACUUCCGAAACUGGAGUCUCUCCCUGCAAGUCUUCAACGUCUUACCAACCUGCAGGACCUCUACAUUAUAGACUGUCCCAAUUUGAUGAUUUUGCCAGGGUGGAUUAGCAAGCUCACAUCACUUGAAACACUUGAAAUUAAAAGUUGCCCUAAUUUGGCAUCACUUCCUGAUGAAUUGCAAUGUCUUAGGUCUUUACAAAGGCUAAAAAUUGCAGAUUGUCCUCUCUUAGGAAAAAGGUGCAAAAAAGGAAUUGGUGAGGAUUGGUCCAAGAUUGCUCACAUUCCUAAUAUUAACCAUACAUGCGAAUACAUUAUUUUUUAAAGAGUUUUCUGGCCAAGCAGAAGAAUUAAAAAUAUAUAUAUUGUGUGGAAAUAUGGUGAUGGGAUGCAUUGCUUGGAUACUUUCAGGAUUUGGGAAGCUAAUGUAGCUAAGGCAGAAAUUGGUGGGAAAUGGUCUAAGACAGCACAAAUACAGUGAUUUAAAUGUAUUGCAGAGGGAUGAUGUGGUCCAGAAUGUUUCUAUAGAAUAUUGAAAAACGUGGCAUAUAAAAACAGACAAGAGUUGGUGACUCUCCAUAGGGAAUGCGUACUGUGAUUAUGUAGCCACAAAUUAAAGUAUGACCGGUGAAUCUCAUAUCUAUUAGUUUGGCAUGGAUAAAGAUCAUAGCCUGACAUUAAUAGUAUGAGCUGUUCCUUUUCAAGGAUGUCUUGAUUAUGUGCGCAUCAGUCUUUUGUUCAUAUUGAAAUAUUGCAAAGAUAAUCAGGAGCUUGAAUUUGGAAAAUAUGAGUAUACUAGCAUGUCUCUUUUAACCUUGCGGGUAGGAAAUGAACACUACAGCUUGGUGUCAGCAACAAGAUUACUACCUAGCCUCAAGUAGAGCUUAAUUUCAGGGGCAAAAAAAAAUGUGAUCUUCUCAAUCAGAUGGCUUUUAGGACUUCCUUGAUAAAGGUUUGUUUCUUCAGUGCUUCUACUCUGUAAGCAUGCAAUACUCGUCUUUUAAGUAUCCUUACAUUCUUGGAUAUACUUGGCAUACCAUAAAGUUAUAAUCUAGCCAUGGACAAUUUAACUAUAUGAAAUCUAUGAAAUAUCAUAUGAAUCAAGCAUAGAAAUUCAUGGGUUGUCAAAAAUCUUUCGAGUGAAUCCUAUAUAACAAUAUCUAUUGAAUGGAGAGAAAAAAAUUAUCAUUUUUCUAAAAUUUGGGAACAAAAAAUUAAUUUAUCAACAAUGCCCAGAUACUAAUUAGACCUUUUUCAUGUUACCAAAAAAUAGAAAAAAAAAAGACCUUUCAUGCAUGGUUUCUUUUCUAAAUAUAUUUUCCAAUUCUGUUCACAUUUCCUGGUAGUGGAGCUUGUUGUCUUGAUGAUAAUGGAUUUGAGCACAAGUCCACGGAAGAUAUAUUCCGUUUAACAACUUAUUCUUUGUACGCCCAUGCAAGAAUCUGCUUUUAAGGUGAAGGUGAGACCCUUGCACAAUUCUACUGAACAAAGUUCUUUUGUUUCUACCUGAACUCUUAUGUCAAUACUUGUUCAUCUUAGAAAUAUGUGGAAAUUUCCUAUAGGAAAAAUAAUUUCUGUGCAAGCAAACAUAAAAGCUUUCUUCCAACAGUACUGUCUAGAAGCAGUUUUUAGAUACCAAGAGAAAGUGCAUCUCCGGGUUUAAUUAGAAGUGACAUAACUAUAUAUUUGCUUUCAAAUUAUGAAAUCAGUCUCAAUUGGUUAACAAAUAGAUUAAAGUAAAACCUAAUUCUUUUCCAUCCAAAGGAUAUUCUAUUGAUCAGACGACUUGCAUAUGGAGUUAAUCAAAUGAUUUCAUUUGUCAUACUGGUGAGGAGCAUAGAUUAUAAUGUGGAGUUUUGUCUUAAUUAAGCCCAGUGACUCACAUUUUGUAGGUUACAUGAUAAAAGCCAUUGAUAUCGUCUGUUAAAACUAUGCAUUUUCUGCAUCAACAAUACGAGUAGGCUUGUGCUUUUGUGCAUUAAAGUGGCAAAAAAGGAUGCAUUAGACAUAUAUAGGUCACAUGUUGGAGCAGAUGAUGCAACCAAUUGCUGAGUUCUGCAUUACUGGCCUGCAGGAAUUCUCAUUAGCUAUCAAUGGUCUUGCGAUUGUUUGCCUUACAAGAAGUGCAUAUUACCAAAGAGAGAAAUUAUGUCACUAAGAUAAGGUUGGAACUUCCGGAGUUAGUUUGAAAUCCAUGCACUAGUGACAAGGGGUAAUUAAGAUCACAAAGUGAUCAUACUGCUGAUCUUUUUCCUACUGAGAGCGUCACCAAUAACAAUUGCCUAGACCUGGUUUACAAGAACUGCGGAUUACCAAAGAGAGAAAGUAUAGCACUAAGAUAAGGUUGGAACUUCUGAAGUUAGUUUGGAAUCCAUGUGUGAGUGACGAGGUAAUUAAGAUUACAAAAUGAUUCAUGCUGCUGAUCUUUUCCUAAUGGAAGUGUCACCAACAACAAUUGCUUACCCCUGGUUUUAGCAUUUCAUGAUAAACUGAACUUGCAAUCAAGGUUUUUUUUUUUUGGUUGGCUAUGGCAAAUCUAUGUUAUUGCUGUAAGGUAGAUCAUGAGUAUUUCAUAGGUUGCUUGUAUCUUUCUUAGUCAUUCAUAAUUUUAGACACUGGUGUAUUUUGGUGAAUCCAUCUAGAAGUAUGUCUUUGUACUUGAAUUAUGGUGAGGAAAUUUAGGAAACUCUCCAUACAUGGAUGGAAAUUUGUGGUUCAAGUUUCCUGCAAGAGAAUUUUCUUGAGAUACCAGAUUUUUAAAAUAUUAUUGAACCAAUUUCCUACU